UAUGUCCAAGAGUAAAACUAAAAUAGGUAGAUAUUCGAAAGAAAGACACGAAGAGAACAGAAAGCAGUUGGUUAAUUUUAAUAUGAGGAAAUCUAAAAUACCUUAUCUACUUCAAUAUUCCGAUGCAAAAGACGUUGUGAUAAUAUGUAAUCAAUCUUUUGAAAAUUUCACAAUUAAAAGCUGGAUUGCUGAAGUUGAAGAUUUUACUGAACUAUUUCAAAGAGCAUUGGGUACCGUAUCGCAAAAUAUUUAUUCAAAAGAACAAUAUAUGGAUGUUUUAGAAGUAACAGGUGUUGAGAUUGAUCACAGGCGGAACUACUCAAAAUUUGUUGAAACUACCAUGGUUGUCACGUAUACGCGAGCACUAAAGUGUCUUCGCCGACUACCUGGUUUAGAUACAUUACCUGAUAAAGAUUUUUUUAGAACUGUACUCAGUCACAAGGAGAAUAUAUAUGUCCUUAUGGCGAUUGCUUCACAGGUAAAUUGGUCUCAAGAAGGAGUAACUUUUCGAUUAGAUGAUAAUCAUAAAAUAAUAUUACCAGCUGACUAUCUAGCAAAAAUGUCAGACAGCGAUAUAGCUAACAAACAAGCAUACGCUGGGAAAAAAAUAACAGAUAUAGGUUUAACAUUUGACGAAGCAGUAUUUCUUACCGCAAUACAAAUGUUCUGUCCAACAAAAACACAUCCUCAUCUUCAAGAUUUUCAACAUCGAUUUUUGCUAGCUUUUACUAAUUAUCUUGAAGAGCACUAUGGAAAUAAAUAUCAUGAGAGAUUACAAGAAUUGAUCUCUCUAUCAACAUAUUUUAAAGAGUCGAUACACCAAGGAAAGAAAUGGUUAAAGAAGAAUGAAAAUUACUUAAAAAUGAUAUAUACAACAAAUAUUAUGAGAGCAUUUAUUGCGGAACCCGAUCUUGAUGUAGGUGUUGAACUUUUAAAAGGAUUAAAGAUAUAG